AAUCGUAUCGUAUGUCCGCUAUCCAGAACCUCGACUCUUUCGACCCCUCUGCUGAUGCAAGUAAGGGUGAUGAUCUGCUUCCUGCUGGCACUGAGGAUUAUAUCCAUAUAAGAAUUCAACAGAGAAACGGCAGGAAGACCCUUACUACUGUCCAAGGGAUCGCUGAUGAUUACGAUAAAAAGAAGCUAGUGAAGGCGUUUAAGAAGAAAUUUGCCUGCAAUGGUACUAUAAUUGAGCAUCCAGAAUAUGGAGAAGUAAUUCAGCUACAGGGUGACCAGCGCAAGAACAUAUGCCAGUUCCUGGUAGAGAUUGGACUGGCCAAGGACAACCAGCUGAAGGUUCAUGGGUUUUAAGUGCUUUUGGCUCACUGAAGCUUAAGUGAGGAUUUCCUUGCAAUGAGUAGAAUUUCCCUUCUGUCCCUUGUCACAAGUUUAAAAACCUCACAGCUUGUAUAAUGUAACCAUUUGGGGUCUGCUUUUAACUUGGACUAGUGUAACUCCUUCAUGCAAUAAACUGAAAAGA